AUGAAUAUGGACGCAACUGCACAAGAUAUACCAACGGCAUUGCACUCCAGCCUCGGAGCUUCGUCACGACGGAGAGUAUCCUCAUCUCUUGGAACCGCGUUUGCAGGCCAAGGUCUGCUUCGCGAAAUUAAUGCAACACUAAAACAGCUCAAGCCUUUUGACACACAGGAUAUCAAAAUUCUCUUACUCGAAAAUAUCAACCAAGCUGGUCAUGAUAUAUUAGAGUCACAAGGUUAUCAAGUUGAAGCGUUGAAAACUUCGCUCCCAGAAGAGAAGUUAAUUGAAAAGAUACGAGAUGUUCACGUGAUUGGCAUCAGGUCCAAGACCAAGUUGAAUGAGCGUAUUCUACGCGAAGCGCGCCACUUAGUUGUGAUUGGAUGUUUCUGUAUUGGAACUAAUCAAGUAGAUGUUGAUUUUGCUGCAAAACAAGGUAUUGCUGUGUUCAACUCACCUUUUGCCAACUCUCGAAGUGUUGCCGAGUUAGUGAUUGGUGAGAUCAUAUGCCUAGCUCGUCAGCUCUGCGAUCGUUCCGCGGAGCUCCACCUGGGUACUUGGAACAAAGUCAGCGCAAAUUGUUGGGAGAUUCGUGGCAAGACUCUUGGAAUCAUUGGCUACGGUCAUAUUGGCUCGCAACUCUCAGUUCUUGCCGAGGCCAUGGGUAUGUCAGUAAUUUACUACGACGUCCUCAACCUCAUGGCUCUCGGCUCGGCACGGCAAGUCCCGAAUCUUUCUGAUCUACUGAGUCGAGCCGACUUUGUCACCUGCCAUGUUCCAGAGUUGCCUGAGACUAAAGACAUGAUCAGUGCGAAUCAGUUGGAUAUGAUGAAAGAUGGAAGCUAUCUGAUUAAUGCCAGCCGAGGGACAGUCGUCGAUAUUCCUGCCCUCAUAAAUGCCAUAAAACGUGGCAAGCUUGCUGGGGCUGCUCUAGACGUUUAUCCCAGCGAGCCUGGGGCUAAUGGACCACGAUUCAACAAUAGUCUAAAUCCAUGGGUUGAAGAAUUAAAAGGCCUCAACAACGUGAUUCUCACUCCACACAUUGGAGGUAGUACGGAGGAGGCCCAACACGCAAUUGGAAUGGAAGUGAGCGAAGCAUUGAUCAGAUACGUGAAUUCCGGGGUGACAUCUGGAGCUGUCAACCUUCCCGAAGUGAGCCUUCGCUCUCUUACUUUAGACGAAUCCAAUCAUGCGAGGGUUAUCUACAUUCAUCAAAAUGUGCCAGGAGUCCUGAAGCAGGUGAAUGAAAUCCUCGGGCAUCAUAAUAUUGAUAAGCAGACGACAGAUAGCCGGGGAGAUAUCGCCUAUCUAAUGGCAGAUAUUGUAUAUAUUCACACAGGAGAACUCAGUGAAAUAUCCGAGCAUCUAGGUUUACUUGACUCCCACAUUCUGACCAGGAUACUAUACUGA